UAUCUUGUCGUUGACAUCUAAUGUCGCAUUGUUGACUGACCUACUUGAUAUCAGAUAUCACAUGAUAAGAAUAUCGCAACCGCGCCCUUGCCUUACCCUGUCGAAAUAUGGAGAAACGGGGAUUUACCUUUAGGAAUGGGUUUCUAUAUUGUGAGGAUGUUAGAGUGAAAGACAUACAGACCGAUUUAUCAACAAACGGUAUCGUUCCAUCUUCGCCAUGCUUCGUCUACAGCAAAGAAAAGAUCGUGUCAAAUAUCAGCGCGUACCAGACUGCGUUGAAAAUGCUGAACAUUUCAACCUUGCUCAACUUUUCUAUGAAAGCCAAUCAUACACCGGCUAUACUUCAGAUUGUUCGAUCCAUGGGAUGCUCAGUCACACUAGUUAGUGGAAUGGAAUUGAAAAUGGCUCUCAAGCUUGGUUUUGAUCCACGACUGACUGUUUUCAACGGCAAUGGGAAACAGGACUGGGAAAGACUCCUGGCAAUAGAAGAAGGCUGCCUCAUCAACGUUGACAGUCCGUUUGAUUUGAUGCAGACGAUGCGUAUGUGUCAAAAACUGAGAAAAAACUCGAAUGUGCUGCUUCGCAUUAACCCGGAUAUUGAUCCCCAAGUGCACCCAUUCAUCAGUACUGGUCUAGCAAACUCCAAGUUUGGAAUAAACACUGAAGAUCUUGAAGAAUGUGUCACUCUCCUCGAAAAGUGCAGUCAGAUCACACUGGUUGGUCUUCACUGUCAUCUGGGAUCAACCAUACACAAUGUUUCAGUUUUCAGAUUGUGUACAAUGAAACUGCUUUCACUGAAAAGUGAACUGAAGACCAGAGGAUUCAAUAAUAUCAAAUAUAUCAACAUUGGUGGUGGUCUGGGCAUCAACUAUAAACAGCUGGCUGAAAGAACAAGUCCUGCCAGAUCCAGCUGCACCAUGUCAUUAGAAGAUGGUUAUACACAGACAACUGUCCAGGGGAACAACGCCAGACAACUCAAUGUGACAGAAAGGGUGUCCCAAAAUGACCUGGAUUACAACUCUGGCUGUUCAGAGCUGAUGCAUGAUGAUCUGAAGGUUCCAACUCCUGGAGGUCUGGUGGAAUGUAUUCAGUCAGCAUUAGUGGACUCUGAAGUAACACUGAUCUUGGAACCAGGACGCUCUCUUGUUGGCAACACAGCAAUCUUAGCAACCACCGUUCUUGGAACCAAAGGAAACCAAACUAAACGGUUCAUAGUGAUUGAUGGUGCUAUGACUGAAGUGCCACGACCCAGUUUGUACGGAGCAUAUCAUCACAUUGAGUUGAGUGAGCCAACUGAUAUUGUACAAGUGGACAAGACAACAAAUAGAAGCAGCCUGAAUGAUCCCCACAGACAAGUGUAUGAUGUCGUAGGGCCAGUGUGUGAGAGCACAGAUUUCCUUGGCAAAGAACGAUUGUUACCAGAGCCACACGAAGGCUGUGGUUUGGCUAUAUUCGAUGUUGGAGCAUAUUGCAGUAGUAUGUCAUCGAACUAUAAUCUUAGGCUUCGGCCUUGUGAGGUGAUGGUGGAUGGCAGCACAUGGCAUAUCAUACGCAGACCCGACACAUUUGCUGAUCUUUUUGAGCCAUAUGAAGGACACUGGCAAUAAUUUGUGCAGUUUCCAGUUAGGGUUAGACCAAUAAGUUUGCGAAAAACAUCACACUUGUCGUUAAACAUAUAUUGGCAAAAUUAUUCUUGACUUUGGAUGAAGGUAUGGAUGUGAUGAUAUGUGUUUGUUUAUAGUUGUCAUUUCUACAAAUUUUAUCUCCCAAAUUUACCCUCUUUUAAUAAUAAUACUUAUACUAAUAUUAAUAAUGUGCAUACUUAUUAUGCCUCAAAGUGAGAUUGACCAAUAAGAGCAGAACUACUAACCCCAUAUGAGCCUAUAUACCAUCAGUAGAAAUCCAAGAUAGUUUUGGAUUUUCCAACACCCACCUCACAUAUUUCACAUGAAAAUUCUGGUACAGAAAAUCAUUAUUCAACACGGUUUUGUGUUAUAAUAUCAUCAAUUGUGAUGCGCAUUAAAUUUUAAUGAAACCACCUUCGUGACUUUAUUAAUAAAGAUUUUAGAGAAAAAAACUUCAACGGAGGUCACUGAGUUACAAAUAGUAACGUCAUAGAACAUAAUAUAGGAUGACGUCAUUAAACAAAAAACAGUGGCCCGCAGAUUUCUGAUAACAUGAUAAUUCUUUUCAUUUUAGCUAUAAUACUUUACACGUUCACAUUAACUGCAUUAUAUAUUCUAUUGUUAAGGUUUAUGUUUACAUUAAAGCGUUGUAUCGGAAACAUAUGCACUGGUCCUCCAUUGUAAGUUUUCAUUUUGACAUGACAUGUGCAACAAAGAUACCAAAUAGUGUAAACUUUUCGGCAUAAUACAUUUAUUAAGGUGUCUUUAGUUGCUCAUGCCUCGCCCAAUAUUUUUCUGCUCACCUAAUAUGACACCGUGUACGGCAAUCUCAUUAAAAUCAGAUCUAAGUUCUCGCUGCCGCUAAACAAAGAUCUGAGGACAUUCCAUUACGGGUCACGUCAGAAUGACCUUUUACAAACUUUGACUUACCACUGAAACAACUAACAAGAAGCCAAUUAGAAAGCAGCUUUCUCGAGCUUUACGGCACUUGUUUCAACCAUGCGACUUCCAUUCCAGACUACGCUUGAAAAAUAUGUUGACACAGUUUUCGAUUAAAAUUUUGAAAACUGAUCAAACAAACAUUCCGGAAUGUCUAAUAUAUGGUUGUGAUUGUAUGGCAGUGCUUACCACGUACUGUGCAACGCCUCCUCAGUUCAAAUGUUUAUACCACGGAAGCUGAUUAGAAAACUCAUUCCGACUGUCACUUUCAUGAUCUGGUAAGCGAUGCUUUGAUAGGUCGGAUGAAAGGUCGUUCUGACGUGACCCGUAAUGGGAUGUCCUCAGAUCUUUGUUUAGCGAUAGCGAGAACUAAGAUCUGAUUUUAAUGAGAUUGCCGUGUAUGGCAACUAAAGACACCAUAACUAAUAUCAUCCUGGCAAAAUACACAUUCUAAAGCAUUGUAAGGCUCUAUAGUUGAAAACAUCUGAAAUGGCUUUCCAGCGGUGAAUGAUAGUUUUCAAAUGUGUUUUUUACCUCAAAAAGUGUAGUUAUACACAAUAGAAAUAAAGAUGUCUACAUCAUUA